AAAUGGUGACGUCAACACAAUGCGACACCGAGCUUCGGAAACGCUCUGGAAACGGGGGGAAAACGGUGUUUGUUUCAUGAAAUUGGCCUGGUCCUUUAGAAGUGUGCCUCUGCGUGUUUGAUGUUUCCCCGUAGAUGUGCGUGCAAACGGACAUUUUAAUCCUCCCCUCGCGUUAGUUGUCACCGUCAAUCCGAGCAGCGACCAAAGAAGGAUAGCAGCUGAAAACCAGCCUGAAGAUAAUGAACGCCUGACAGACAACCGCGUUGCUAACGUUAGCUGGCGGUAGACGCCGGCUGUUUGUUUCGCCUGACAGUUUGUUGGAUAGAAAACAUGACGACUUUAACAAGGCAGGAUCUCAAUUUUGGACAAGUGGUUGCUGACAUCCUGUGCGAGUUCCUGGAAGUCGCUAUUCAUCUCAUCCUGUAUGUGCGUGAAGUUUAUCCCUCGGGAAUAUUUCAGAAGAGAAAGAAAUACAACGUGCCUGUGCAGAUGUCAUGUCAUCCAGAGCUAAAUCAAUACAUCCAAGAUACACUUCAUUGUGUGAAGCCCCUCAUUGAGAAGAAUGACGCAGAGAAGGUUGCAGUGGUCAUCAUGGACAAGGAGCAUCAUCCAGUAGAAAGAUUUGUAUUUGAGAUUUCCCAACCUCCACUGCUGUCCAUCAGCUCGGACACCUUACUGUCCCACGUGGAGCAGCUGCUGAGGGCGUUCAUCCUGAAGAUCAGCGUGUGUGACGCUGUUUUAAAUAAUAAUCCUCCAGGGUGUUCGUUUACAGUACUGGUUCAUACUAGAGAUGCUGCCACGCGCAACAUGGAGAAGGUCCAAGUGAUCAAGGAUUUCCCAUGGAUAGUUGCUGAUGAGCAGGAGGUGCACAUGCAGGAGCCUAGACUCAUCCCACUGAAGACCAUGACAUCUGACAUCGUGAAAAUGCAGCUCUACGUGGAAGAGAGAGCCCAGAAAACGUAGGCCUUUAAAAACUGCAACGUAUCAUCAGCAAAGUAUAUGACACAGUAUAUCAGAGCUACCUGAAACACUCUAAAGAAACAAAAGAAAACGUGUUUUUGUGGAACACGUGGGGUCAUCAAGAAUGAGCGUGUGUGGGUGAGAUGUGCACACUGAGCUGCAGCUAGCGCUUAGGGUUGGACGGAUGAAACCCACAUUAAGAAUCAAAUCGGGCUCAUGUAGUUUUUACCCAGCCCGUGAUUUGAUUGCAUGCCAUACAAAUAUGCACGGUUGUAAUUUUAUUGCCAUGUAUCGUGUUUGAUUACUUCAAUGCAGAACUUUAUUGCAACAGUAGGAUAAGAAUUUAGCGGACGCAACUUAAAAAUACAAUUCCAGAGGAAUUGGUGUAUCCGAUAGCAACUGAAAUAUCUACGAGAUCUACAAAGCACAGGUAUCAUUAACCCUUAAAUGUGUCUUCAGUGUAAAACCGAUUCGUUGUUUCUCUUUGUGGGGAAUUUGCUUUCUAGAGAUGGUCUUUUCUUCUCCACGUUGAAGUCACACACGAGGAGUUUUUCUUUUUUUUCACCCACGAUAACGUCUGAGUGAGUGAUGGCAGGUGUCUUUCAUGGUGUCUGCAACGUCUUUGGUCGAGGAUGCGUGAUGAGAGUUUUUGGUGGGUUCAUAUGAUAUUAAGAGGGAUGUGUGUGUGUUUAUCCCAAAUUCAAAUGUUUUCUGUUGUGACAAAGGAACUGCUUAUAACUAUGUGAAAAUAAAAAAUGUGAUUAAAAGUUUUUCAAAUACAA